UUAACACGGACUUUUUAGGUGGUUGCACCGAAGCCUGAACGGCGGAUUUCAAGUAAGAACUUUGUGUCUAACGAAUACUGGGAGAUUUAAUGAAAUAUUAAUUACCAAAAACUCUGUUUUGGCUUCAUAAAAUGAGAAGGAGAGCGAGAACCACAAACAGGGGAGUCCCCCGGGAGGUCCUUGAAAUGGCGACGGUUGAAGUUCUGGACAAGGGCUAUUCUGUAAGAGCUGUCGCCAGAACAUUUCAGAUCUGCCAUGUCACUCUGCAGAGAUACAUCAAGAAAGUUAUGGAGCUGAAGGCGGCGGGGAGCACGGACACCUCGUCCAUUCAAGUCGGAUACAGAAGCCACAAACAGGUGUUCCAGCCAAUGCAGGAAGCGGCACUCUUGGCGUACCUAAAGGAAGUUUCUGGAAUGCACUAUGGGCUGUCUUCCAAAGAGGUACGAAAGCUUGCUUUCCAGCUUGCCAAGCAGAACCAGCUGAAAUAUCCAGAAGCGUGGAACGUCAAAGAGAUGGCGGGGAAGGAUUGGUUUUCUUCGUUUCUGAAGCGGAACCCCCUGUUCCCUAUCAGGAGACCCCAACCCACCAGAGCGAUGGGCUUUAACAGGGAAAAUGUCUCCAACUUUUUCCAGAACUUGGGAACAGUCCUUGAGCGCGAGUGCCUGGAGGCAAAAGACAUCUGGAAUGUCGAUGAGACUGGAGUCACCCCGGUCCAGGCGCUCGAGGAGACCAUGGCAACAGAAGGUAGCGAGAAGACGGAGGCCAUACCCCCAGGGGAGGGGGGCAACCUCGUCACUAUGGCCGUAGCAAUUAACGCACAGGGCAACAGCAUCCCCCCCCACCUGGUGUUUCCCAGGAAACGCUUUUACCGCCAUUAUAUCAGGGACGCGCCCACUGGGUCCGUUGGCUCGGCGAACGGCUGCGGGCGAAUGCAAGAGGCGGAUUUCCUCGUGUUUCUUCAGCAUUUCGUAAAACACACGAGAGCCUCCGUCAACUUCAAGGCGCUGUUGCUGCUGGACAACCAUCCCUCGCACGUGUCCGCGUCGGCGAUCGACUACUGCGACGCCAACGGCGUCAUCCUCCUCACCUUCCCCCCGCACUGCGCUCAGAAACUCCAGCCGCUGGUCCAGGGCGUGUUCGGGCCUUUCAGGCGAAAUCUCAACAUCGCCAUGGACUGUUGGGCGAAGACCCACCCGGGAACGCCGGCCACCAUUUACGACCUCCCGGGACUGAUUGCAGAAGCGUUGCCCAUUUCCGCCACUCCGAAGAACAUCAUGGCUGGCUUCCGGUGCACCGGGAUUUGGCCGUUCAACAGCAACAUCUUUGACGACGAAGACUUUACCCCUUGUCCGGUCGCCGCUAGGCCGGACCCGACUGCCGACGUCGCUGACGCGGACCUGGAAGCCUCCUUCUCCAAGCCCCCGUGUCUCCCAUCAACGUCCGCUGGAGCCUCCUGCCCUGUUGAUCUCCACCCUUUCCCCAAGCCUGAGCCGUGCCAGUCCUUUCCCAUUUGUAGAAAAGGGGGAGCCUCUGCCUUUCACACCGACGCCCCCGUCAGUCCUGCCCCAGAGGAGGUAGUGGAGAGGGCGAAGGAGGAGGAGGAGGAGGUGGAGGAGGAGGAUGAGGAGGAGGAAUCUGAGCCAAAAGCAAAAUGCAAAGCAAAGAGAAAGGGGAACAAAACUGACCUGUCAACAGAAGGGGCUUGUCCCUGUUUGUUUUGCGAUGAUUAUUACCUCACGACUGUAGUGUGAAACAAGGCGAAUCCAUUUGAUGUGUCGGAAAUGAAAUGAACAGCCUGUUGUCAGUAGACUGUUGAUAAACCAAUUUGUUGGAUUUGUUCAACUCGGACCUGAUCUUCGUACAUAUUUAACAUCAAUGAAAAAUUGCUCCUGCUAACUUUCUUUACGUUGACACGUGGCAUCGAUUGGCACAGCUGUUUGAAUAGGUCAUACAUUCAAAGGGAACUGGGGUUUAGUCCUCUGAUAGAUUUUCAUCAAAGCUGAUCUGAAAAACAUACAAAUGUAAUCAAUUAAUUGAUUGUGUUUGUAUAAUGUAAUACUUUGCGUGAACUUUUUGAGCUAUGAAGACUGUUAGCCCCCCCCCAGUGUGCCAUUCAUUUUUUCGCCCACCCAGGGGUUUACAUGUACGUUUACACACCCAAACUUUGUGUGUUCAUUAUUUUUGCUUGAAUGAUCAUAACAUUUUUGGUGGCAGGUACAAUUAAACCCUCAAAAUGCAAA